UACUGAUCAUACUAAAACCUUGUGUAUCCUAUCUUGUCCUGUCGUUAUGCUUAAUAUAUAGCAUAAAUCUGAAUGCAGGCAUUGCUUUUUAUCUUGCAGAUGUAGAAGGUUUUGAUUCAGUUGUGACAGUGGGAGAAAAACUAAGUCAUCCGACUGCAUCAAGACCUAAAUCCAGUGGGAGACGUCCUCCAUCCCAGUCACUGACAUCGUCUUCCCUAUCUAGUCCAGAUUUCUUUGAUUUCCCAAGCCCAGAGGAAGAGAAGGAUGAACUUGCAGCCUUGGCACAGAGAGCAAUAGAGGCUUCCAAGAAAACAUCUAGAUCUGCCACAACAUCACAAAUGCCAGAUCACAGAACUGUUUUGCCACCCAAGCCAGGAGGCUUGAUUGCCAGUGUCAGUUUUUCUCAUGGGGCAUCCGGAGCACCAUCAGCAUUCCAUACAGUUGCCGCUGGCAGCCACCGGUCGAACUCUCCAUCCUUCUCUAGUGCAGAAACAAGACAGAAAGCUGAUCAUAGUCAGUCGCCGUUAGAAGAGUUACAGUCACAGGUCAAGGAGCUGAGAUCUAUCAUUGAAACCAUGAAAGACCAACAGAAGAAGGAGAUCAAACAACUGCUUUCUGAACUAGAUGAAGAGAAAAAGAUACGACUGAGAUUACAGAUGGACGUCAAUGAGAUUAAGAAAUCUCUACAAUCCAAAUAAGACGAUGAACAAAGAGAAGGAGUCAUUGUAUCCGCUGCAAGUCCUCGAAUGAAACUUGUCCUAACCCAUCAGCCAACAGAACUUGGUGCCAAAUGUCUUCAGAUUUGCCUCAAACAAGCGGAAAGCACAACAGCAGCAGCUCCACCUAUCAGAGACUCCUUUGUGAUAUUUAUAAUGUGGCACAUGUGACAACUUUAUUUCCAGCUCGUGCUGAAGUGUUCCUCCUUAACCGCUCGGGUGCCAGAGGGAACUGCAUGGUAUUGCUCCCAGUCUGUCUGGUGCUCCGGCGCAGAGAGAGAACUGCUAAUGAAUAAACUCAGGCAGUGCACUUCAGAGUGGUACUUUUUACUGACGAUAUUUUUUUCCAUGAAUAAAAUGUAUUUCAGAUUGUCUGUUUACAAGCUUUAUAAGUUCUAUGUUUCUUGUGUACGACUUUUAUGCCCCUCCCUCCCCAAGAUCCUUCCAUUUGUACGGACUGUAGUCAUGUGGGUUUUGUUGUUCUUUUGCUUUACCAGCUUGGAAUUCGGGGUUAUUUUAUUAUUAUUAUUAUUAUUAUUAUAGACAUAUGCAAAUUGCAGCCCAUGGGAAAAUGCUGAAAGCGCUUCUGAAAUGUAUUUAACUGUGUGUAAAAAAGACUGGACCUUAAAAUGCUUUGUGCCUUUCUAUUUGCCUAAAGCAGAGUUGCAAAAAAAAAAAGUAUUUACAGUUUAUUGUAAAAGAGCGGAUAGUGAGUGUUCAGCGAGCCGGUGGGUGGUGGAAAGGCCCAUCCCCAGUAUUAUGUGGGUACAGCAGCAAUGUCAGUGGGACCCCCUGAUUCCCUUCAAUGCCUGAAGGGCCUUUGUAGCAAAUAGUCAUAGCAAUAGUCCAAAUAGCCAAAUUUCACACUUAAUGCAAUAAAAAAUAUUUGAUCUUCUCAA